AUGUCCGGGGCCAUGGAGCUGUCGGGUCUGCCGAAGCACCCGGUGAGGAAUCCCAAGCUGGAGCAGUACGCCACGGACGGCGACAUUGCGGCUCGCUGGCUGAUGGGCAUCGAUGCGCAGGAUCCGUUUGAAGAGCUUGACGAGGUCUGCGACCUGGGGGCGGGCAACGGCAUCCUGGGGCUGGGCGCCCUGCUGCUGGGCGCGCCCAGGUGCGUCUUCCUGGAGGUGGAUGCCCUGGCAUGCGCUGCGCUGGAGGACGGCCUGGCGGACCAGGGCCUCCAGGCGCGGGCGCGGGUGCUGCAGCGGGACGUCGCCCAGGCGGACGCCGUUGGCCGCUGCGCGCUGGUGAUCUCGAAUCCUCCCUGGGGCCAGCAACGCCGCUCCGCGGACCGGCCCUUCCUGGAGGCGUCGAUCAGCAUCGCACAGCAGGCAGUGCACCUGAUGCACAGCUCCGGCGCCGCUCACAUCGAGCCCUGGGCGGAGGACAUGGGAUGGGAUGCCCAGCGCUGGCGCCGCGCUCAGCUCGGCCGACAUGAGCGCUGCGGUGGUUUGCUUUGGUCGCCCUUCGGGUUGAUUUAG